AUGGUCAAGGUCUCUCACGAAGUACCUUCAUCCUUCAGCCAUCCCAUGAAAGUCGUUGUCGAUAUGUCGAGCCUGGACCUCGCCAUCUUAGCCUUCGUGAUAUGUAUAUUACGAUCUUUUAGGUGCAGAUAUGAGUCAAAAGCCCCAGAACCGGAACCAGUCGAACGACAACCGGUUGAGUCGAAACCUCAUGGCCCACCGCAGAUUCCGCCAUUCAAUUUGAGUUUCACACCGCCAUCUACACCGGUGGAAGAGCAUACAAAUCGAGAAUCGGGAGAGAUCGUUCCCACUGAGACGGUAUUCAAGCAAGAAGGCCGAAGACGCAGCACCUCCCAGCCCACCUCCGUCUUGAAGCAGCAAAAGGUGUAUGAAAAGCAGUGCAAGUAUACGAAGCGAUACAGCGGACGGUUCUUCUAUGCCAAACAGUGCGACGUCUCCGUAGCCCCCCAACAGUUCAAGGAGGCUUCCCUUGCCCGCGAGGUCAAUCGGCUUUGCUCCUUCUACGAGAAAAUCGACGUCCACGCCUAUGAAGAGACAGGAAGCUUGUAUUCCCAUUGGGUCGGCCGCAGGGACAAGAAAGGCCAGCCGAUUUGCAUGUUCGAUGUCGUGAAGCUGGGCUCCAAGACCAUGGCAGCAUUCAAAAAGUCUUCGGCCAAAAUGAAGGUUAAGAGGUCGGAUUUGAAAAUGCCGGGCAUCGUUUCGACGGAGAUGUUACGUGCUUUUACCAUAUUUGAUACGCUGACUCGGUUCGUGAUGCCGCUGUGCUCUGCCGUCCCCAGCAGAAAGUAUCCGGACAUAGUAGUCACAAAGACGCUCUGCGUCGUCGACAUCUCGGGUAUGGGGCUUCGUCAGUUCUGGAAUCUGAGGGGGUAUCUGCAGGAUUUUAGUAGGCUGGUCGGGAUCAACUAUCCUGAGAUUCUCGACCAGGUUCUCGUACGCUUUUCACCUGCAUCGCUCCAUUUCCAGUCCGUCACCACUAUAACAAAAUCACUAACUGGCAUGUACCAGGUCAUCGGAGCACCUUCCUACUUCCCAACUGUCUGGAGCUGGUUUCGAAAGUGGGUGGACGCCAAUACCGUCAAGAAACUCCACAUCUUGCAGUCGUCGGAAGUCCUGCCUACGCUGCAGAAGUAA